CUCUUGUCUUAAUAAUUAUUUUAAUGGCGUGAUUCAUCAGGGUACUGAAAAUUUAGGAUGAUUUGGACUCCUGGUCGCUGCAGGCUCCAUAAACGCAUAAACGCCGUAAUGUGAAAGCGUUAAAAAACAGAAUAAAGUGAACCCCGUUAGUUGACGGAUUCUCCAGGAUUCAGGCUCGGACGGACGGAUUUGAAGCUUAACAUUAAACUUCAUUGGACAAAAGGAUUUGAGAUCCGACAAUGUUUAGGAAAGGAAGCAACGGCAGCCCUGGAGUGUAAGUUGAGAUUGCCCUGCCUGCCAUUUUCUUAACGUGUUGCACAGCUUUACCAGAAGUUUGUGGAUCUAGCUUGCACCCAGCCACUUCUGCAUGGCAACGUUGGACAAUCAAGAUGGGCAUGAUAUUGCAAAUUUUGAGGAUACCUCAGAUGAGCAAGAAAUGCAUUUGCCUUCACCCAAGGCUGCAAAUCCUAUUGUGUACAAACUUGUUCGGGUUAAAGGAGAUGGAACAAUGGUGCCAGCCACUGACGAUGAUGUUAUGGAGGUUGAAUAUUUGUUGAAUGAUAAUGGAAAUUCUCAAUCCUCUAAAGACCAUCAAAAUUGUGCUUUCCCUGAGAUAAUUGUAAACAAUCUAGCAAGCAAAGAUUUGCCUCACAGAGACAAUUUUCUUGAAGAGAAAACUUUUCCAGGACCUUUAGAUCCAAAAGACAAAGAUCAGACUUUAAAGGCCAAGCUUCAGUUUUUUAAUUUGUUGCUGUGGAGAGUAAAAGAAGAAGAACGCCUUCGUUUAGCUUCAGGUAUUACCAGUCACCAUUCAAGUUAUCUGCUUGGUAAGGCUGCUUCAAAAAAGUCUAUUGGCAAUCAGUGUCAACAGUCUCCAAAUGAUGUAUUAAAUCUGCAGUCUACAGAUUCACCCAAUUCUAGAGAUACAGCUUUAUUAAGUGUUGAAUCGGUUGGAGAGGGUGCUCUUGAAAGAAAAAAUAGUAAUUAUCUGAAUACAAGCAUGGAAGUUGAUGGGAAAAAUGAGGGUAGAUCAAUACUGAAUCAGGCUACAGUCAUUCCAAAACCAGAUCCUGAUUUUAUAAGGAGUGAAAUUUCAUUGGACAACCUCACCAUUAGGGAACUUCAUGAGACUUUUAAGGUGACUUUUGGACGAGAGACCUCUGUGAAAGACAAGCAGUGGCUUAAGCGCCGUAUUGCUAUGGCAUUGGAGGACAAAAUUUUGGGCACUGAGAAGCAAGAAGAGAUGAGCACACGGCUUGGAAUUUCUGUGACUGCAGAGUGUCCUUUACCUGUUUCUCCAAUUGUGCAGGCUGGUAAAAGUAAAUUGACUGCAGAAGUUCUUGCGGACACUGGGUUCCAGAAACAACCUGAUUACAAAACCUCUUUCUUGAUGCCCUUUGUGGAUAUUGUUGGUAAAACUGAAGGUGAAUUGAUAGAUGAUGAAGAUCAGGAUGGAGGAGAGACGGGUGCAAAGAGAAUGCGGAAACCGACUCGAAGAUACAUUGAAGAAUCGUCUGAAGUAGAAUCAAAAGGGAACAGUGGAAGGAUGGUUGAUACGCCUGGGGAUUCAGAUGAUGACUAUUCACCACCAACAUCUCGAUUAAGAUCUUCUUAUUUGUAUGGGUGCUGGGGAUCUGAGUUUGUUAGUAGGCAUGAACCUCUUGGAGGAUCUGAAAUCGAAGUUCCAUUUGUUUCCCGAGUUCGCCGAGGACGCCCACGGAAAAAUUUUAAUGCACUCCUGAAAUAUAAUUCCAGUGGAAGAGCUGCCAAACUCGUGAAGAAAGCUCUAGGUGUGAGAUCUAUCUGUGGUGAUGGUGUCUGUUCAGAAAUAAGACAGAAGACUAGAGUUGUUACUGAAUCAAAUCAAGGACAAAUUGUGCAUGAAACGGUAGAGAGUGAAGAGCCAAUGUUGAUUCAAGAUGCAACAGAUAAACAUUGUGACUCAGAGUACUUGAAUUCUCACUUGCUAGAUGAAGAAUAUGUUCCAACAGUCCCAACAGCAAAAGGUGGUGUUCGAAGAAAACAUCAUCGCCCCUGGACCCUACGUGAUGUAAUGAAGCUAGUAGAGGGUGUUUCUCGUUGUGGUGUUGGAAAGUGGGCAGAUAUUAAGAAAGUUGCAUUCUCUUCAUCUGUAUAUCGUACUUCUGUUGAUCUCAAGGAUAAGUGGCGUAAUUUACUGAGGGCCAGUAAUUUGCAAUUGCAGACUAGCAAAGAGGCAGAAAAUCGUAGAAAGCAUGCUUCAGUUCCCAUACCAGUACCUAUUUUGGUGCGUGUAAGAGAACUAUCAGCAAUGCAGCCAUCAGAAGCUGCAUUGGUUCCGGGAAGUUCUGUUAGCCGCAGUGGGAGAACUGUACAUAAAAAGCUACAUAUCUGAAUUAAGAUGUACCAUGUAAACAUUGAAAAUAAAUGCUAUGGCUGUAGUUUGUGGUUUAUGAUUUUUUUUAGUUAAAUUUGUCAUGAAAAUAAAAAGACCAGUUCUUUUCUUGCCUUA